CCAAGCACUAUUGUCGCGCGCACUCCUACCAUGGCGCCUGUUGAUCGACGCGAGCAUCGUCAACAGCGCGUGCGCGGUGCAGGAGCUUCGACCGUACAGGCAUCGUUUGGCUUCGAUUUUGGCGCUCUUGGUGCAAAACAGAGCUCUCUCCCACCACAACGAUCCGGUCGGCGAUCUCGAACUCCGGCACAAGGCACGCCGCGCAACCUCAAUGGAUCAGCGAAGCGGCAUCGCAGCCUUUCAGCACCACAUAGUACGAAGUCGCGGCGUGAUGCUACACCGAGGAAUAACGCUGUCAUACCGCAACUGGGGAAACGGAAGCGUGGAUCGUCUAGUGCUGCUCCACCCGACAACGAGAAUGAGGAAGAAGAUGAGCUGAGCCCUGACCGGGUCGAGAAUGUGGGCUCAGUCGAGAGAAGCAGGAGACUAGCCAGGACAGCCUCGCCUAUUAGGGAGGAGCCGAACGAAGCACCAGACGAGCUAUCGAUAAUCGACGAGGCGCCGAACACAGUCAGGAAAACACCGCGCAACGUUUCCGGUCUUUCUUCGAGCGACACAAGUGCAUCUGCAGGCUCACGUCGAGAUGGUUCUCGAAGGUCGAAGCCGACAGAUGUGGUCCCAGUCACUCCAGGCAUGCAGCCGCAUAGUGGCUCUAGACAAUCUUUCGCGCUCUUGAGGCCGGUGGAGAACACCGCAUCCAACGCUUCGCAAGCUGAAGAUGAGGAUGCAGACGAGCUCUCACCAUCUCAAAAUGCCGCUUCCACCCCGCGAGUUAUAUCACGAGAAUCGAUACCCAAUGGCGUACCUCUCGAGGGCGAAGACGGUGGCAUUGAUGAACUCUCGCCCACACAAGCGACUAUCCCGGACACGAUAGCGUCAGUCGCAACGGGUACUCAUAGCGAGACCGUAACAACUCCUGUACCUACACGACCUCCACGGAAUGCGGGCCGCGGCAUGCCACGCAAGACCAACAGAAAAAGCGACGACGACACAGCAGUCACAUCAGAAUUUCGAAAGCCUUUACAUAAACGGAGCGAGAAGGCUGUGGUAGAAGAUGAGCCGAGUGAGGAGCAACAAGAUGAGCUAUCACCUGAGGCACAAAGAACGACACAGCCGACACCCAAUCUCAAGAGACGAACCGAAGAGGAGGUUGAUGCAUCUGAUGAGGAGUCCGACGAAUAUGAGGAGGAGAUGGAACCUGAUGAGCCAGUUCGAAGACCUACACCCAAACCCAUCGCAAAGCGCACACAUUCGAAGCAAGUCGAACGUACAAAGCCGGCUAGCGACAAGCCACCACGCAAGCGACAAAAGUCGCUCGGGCCAAAGCUUGCGAUUUCUGUCAUGCGCAUGAAAGGUUACGGUGUUCGAGGUAUCACAGUAGCAGACACUAUGCGGACCAUACUCGAAGAGGCAAUUGAUCAUCGCCUUAGUCAGAUGUUGGAGAAGAUGCAGACAUUAUCGGACUUAGCGCGCCGAAAAGAGAUGCGAAGCGAGGUCAAUUUGGCGUUGUCUUUCAAAGAAAGCCUGAAUGAGAAGCUGCUCGAUCUGCAGGAUGCCAACGAUGUCUUGACGACGAAUUUGAAGAAGAUGAGAACCUUUAAGCGCAGUAAUGCGGAGUUGCGCAAGGAUAUACUCGCUCUGCAAAAUAGUCGGCAGGAAAUUGCUCUUGAGCACGAUGACGCUCAGGCCGAAUUCGAGGGCGAGAAAGCCAAAAUCGAGUCGAGGAACACUUUGAGUACCGAAAUGUUUGAGAUCGAAACCGCUGUCCAGAACGGCCGCAAGAAAGCGAAGCAGGAAAGACGAGAAGACGAAGGGCCGGACAUCCCCUUGAGCAUGCUCCUCGAGACCGUGGGCAGAGAUGUGGGCUCGGUUGGGGGCGGUUUGCUUGCAAACGUGAAGAGCUUCAAUAGUACAUUGGAAAGAGCAGCAGGCUGGCUCGAAGGAAGAGCGUAAUGCCGGCAUCUAGAUAUAAGCAUUCUUUCGGGCGUAUGGAUCACUAUGGAUACCCGGCACAAAGCCACUCGCAGAUACGAAUUAACGUUUACACUUUCACACGCAUUCGCGUGUUGUUCGGAAGGAGCCAGAGGAGCCAGCCUAGCGCUAUGUAUGCAGCAGGUGCGUCACUUUCCAAGCGUCAUCGACCAAUCGGUCACUCGGC